UAAAUUACAUGUAGUUAUAAUAAGGAAAACAAUUGUCUAUUACAAAGGAAUUCUCUCUCGAUGCAUGCUAGCCUGAUUCAGCUAAUGUGCACACACUUAUCGAAAUGGCGAGGGGAAGGAAGAUGAUGGAAGUACUGAAGAUGGUGGUGAAUCCUAAAGGUGUGGAGAGCAUAUAUCUGGAAACACAAGUAGGAAGUGAAGAGACACAGGGUAAGGAAUCAAUGGAACAGUGGCCUCCCUUUGCUUUGAAGGAGGUCACCCCUAGAACUAAUGAGAUAAUGCAGCUAACACUCUGCUCAGUGAGUAAAUCUCAAGAUGGAACGAGCAAAAAUCAAACUAUGGAGAUCAUAGAAAAAAGUUCACGAGGAACAACACAGAGAAAAUUAGAGAUGAAUAAGGAACCAGAGAAAAAAUGGGCAAUUUUUUUUAACUCGAACCGAUUUUCAGCUAAAGGAAUGAGUCUAAGCAAUGUUAAUUUAGAAAUGAAAAAUGGGAAAAAGGUCAUAGAGCUAAAGAAGGAUGAAGUAGACAAGGCUACAAAGGAAUGGAAACAAGCCCUCAUCCUUUAUGUGGUAAGGGAAUCUCCUACAAUUGCUGCAAUUGAAAGGAGGGGGAAGAAGCUGAGAAGCUGAUGCUUAUACAUGCCUAUUCAAGAUGAUUGUUUACACUAAUGAAGGUAUUACUUUACAAACUCUGAAAGUACUAAAAUGAGAUGUGUGGCGAUUUAGUGUUCAAGUACUUUGUAAUAUAACUAUAAAAAUUAGAUAUGCAUAUCAAAAUAUUAUUACCCAUCUAACUUUCCGAAGUCUACUUUGAAUACAAUGUGUUGUAUUUUAGAAGUCAAAACCAUAAGGUGAUAUAUUUGAUAAA